GGUCACAGCAUCGCGUCUUCCUGCCCCGCCCCGCAAGGACGCGGCAUCUUGAGCAGUUUUCCGUCUUUGGAGGAUUUGUGCAGUGAUUCAACAGGCGACUCGGCCCGGACUGUGUAUCAACUAACUUCCAGAGAUUGAUCCAGCUCUUGUUGACAUGGCAACAACAGGCAGCAUAGAAGUGGAUGACGUCAAAAGAGGAUCAGCAGGGGGUUGUGCCAACACCGUUUCCACCUGGCAAGGAGGAUCAGCAGGGGGUUGUGCCAACACCGUUUCCACCUGGCAAGGAGGGUCAGCAGGGGGUUCUGCCAACACCGUUUCCACCUGGCAAGGAGAAAGAUGUGAGGAGUCUGGAGAGGAAACCGGGAGGCAGGACAAAGGUGUGAAAGUGUUCAGGUGUGAGGAGUGCGGCAAGCAGUUCGGGUAUCUUAGUGUGCUGAAGACACACAUGCGAAUUCACACGGGAGAGAAACCCUACAGGUGUGAGGAGUGUGGCAAGCAGUUUAGUCGGCUGCAUGUUCUGAAGAUACACGUGCGGACUCACACCGGUGAGAAGCCCUUCAUGUGUGGGGAGUGCAGCAGACAGUUCAGUCAGCUAGAUAAUCUGAAGACUCACAUGCGGACUCACACCGGAGAGAAACCUUACAUGUGUGGGGAAUGCAGCAGGCAGUUUAGUCAGCUGGUUAAUCUAAAGAUCCACAUUCGGACUCACACAGGGGAGAAACCCUACAGGUGUGAGGAGUGCAGCAGGCAGUUUAGUGAGCUGGGUCAUCUGAAGAGCCACAUGCUUACUCACACUGGGGAGAAACCCCACAGGUGUGGGGAGUGUUCCAAGCAGUUCAGUAAGCUGGGUGUUCUGAAGACACACAUGCUUACUCACACUGGGGAGAAACCCUACAGGUGUGGGGAGUGUUCCAAGCAGUUCAGUCUGCUGGGUGUUCUGAAGACACACAUGCGGACUCACACGGGGGAGAAACCCUACAUGUGUGGGGAGUGCAGCAGGCAGUUUAGUCAGCUUAGUAGUCUGAAGAAACACAUGCGGACUCACACUGGGGAGAAACCCUACAGUUGUGAAGAAUGCCGCCGGCAGUUCGGUCAGUUGUUUAAUUUCAAGCGGCACAUGCAAAUCCACAAAGGAGAAACCCAACAGGAGUGAAGACUGUGGGAUGCUUUUUUUCACAUAUUAUAAAGACAAUUUGACUAUCUGAUAACAAUAUUUUAAAGAUGUUCCAAAGACACUGCGUGUAGGUGAGAAAGCCUACAUCUUCGAUGUGUUGAUAGCAGUAUAGGAAGUUCACUAGAAGACUAUCAAGUAGUUGCAACUUGUUUAGAUUGUUUAGUUUAGUUUACCUCUUUAAUUCAUGUUGCUUUCAAUUGGGCAGAUAAUCCCUUCGGAUGGGAUGCAUUCCUUUACUCAUAGUAUAUGUGAUAUACAUUGUAUAUUGUUAAUUUCUUUUUGAAUUUCACAUAUUAUAGUUUUUAAUUCCGUUACAAUAUAUGACUUAUGUUUUUGAGAGCAGUUUACUAACAUGCAGUAAAUGCUAAAAUCUUUGUGGUUUUUUUUCUGUAAUUAGUCUUAAUAUGUUGUACAGCACCUGCGAUAUCGUUCUCUGUGGUACUUUCCUUAUAGUGUUGACUAGUUCGGUUGAGUUAGCCGUACCUAACUGUUAUUAUGUUUAUUGCAUUAACUUUGAUGGUAUCGAUUAGAUGAUGUACAUAGUCAGUAACUAGCGCCAGGAAGUGGCAUUAGGUUUGUAUGAAUGUACUAGUUUAUAGUUUUCCUGUUGACGGUUCCUUGACCAGGUGUGUGCCCAUAUUUAUUGUUUAAUUGUUUACUGAAAUUAUAUCUUUUUACUACUCUACUUUCAACUCAGCAUUUUGUAUUUU